CUCUAAUAACAAUCUUAUAAUACGUUAACAUUAAUAAAUAAUUGCAAAAUAUACAUUUAAAGUUGGUGUAUUAUUUAAGUUUAAAUAAUAACAAAAAUGGAUGAGAAGAAUGGCGAUACAAAGAAAAAAGUUUGGACAGAUGCCGAACGAUUAGAACUUGCUGAAAAACUUGACAAGGACUUAGAAGAUUAUAUUAAUAGUCUUGAAAAAAGGACCGAUUCUAACGAAUGUCCGGAGGAUUGCUGGAGUGAAGAAAUUGAUAAACAUCCGUUUUUUAUGACCCAGAUGCCAGAAAAUCCUACAGAAAUGUCUCCACUUGUCGAAGGAUUACAGCAAUUGAAGUACAGCGAAGAUUACAACACUCCUAGUGAAUUAGCACUAAGUUAUAAAGAGGAUGGUAAUUUUAAUUUUAAAUACAAAAAAUAUCAUUUAGCAAUUCUUAAUUUUUCUAAAGGUAUUUCAACUAAAUGCGACGAUAGCGAGCUGCUCGCUCAAUUGUAUAACAAUAGAGCAUUAGCGCAAUUGAAAUUGAAAAAUUAUAGGUCCGGUCUUAGGGAUUGUAAACGAUCGCUCGAGUUAAAACCGAGCUAUUUAAAAUCUUUGCAUACAGCAGCCAAAUGUUCUUUUUAUGUUAAGGAAUAUGAUCAGUGUAUUAAUUAUUGUGAUCAAAUACUAAAUAUCGCAACUAAUGAUAAAGAGAUAAAUACUGACAUUGACAAGUUAAGAGGUAAUUCGAUAAAAAAUAAGAAAUUAAUGAUGAGAGAUUCUUGGCAACAAACACUAAAAGAAAAGAAAAUUGACCAGCUAAAGAUUAAUAUCAUUAAAGCCAUAAAGUCUAGGAAUAUAAGAGUGGAUGAUUCUGAUUUAUUUGACAAUCAAUGGCAUGUUCAUUUUGACGAUACGAAUAUGCUAAUUUGGCCAGUGAUAUUUGCUUAUCCCGAAAAUGGUCAAACUGAUUUUGUUCAAAACUUUAACGAGUCAAUAAUAUUUCGUGAACAAUUAAUGGAACUUUUUGAAGAGCCACCUGCUUGGGAUAACAAUAAGCGCUAUCAAAUUAACAAUUUGAGUAUUUAUUUUGAAGAUUGUAAUAAAGCAGUACAUAAAGUUCAGACGGAUCAGUCCUUAAAAGAAAUUUUACAACACAAAUCAUUAGUUGUUAAAAAUGGUACUCCAUGGUUUUUUAUAUUGGUAGCUGGUAGUAUAGAAGAAAACUUUUUUUUAAAAAGUUACGAACAAUAAAAUAUGAUUUAAUUUAAAAAAA